AUGGUGGGAGGUUCUCUGCCACGGUUUCAAGAUCACGAUCAAUUGAGGACUCAGCAUGAAAACGGAAACGGAAACGGAAACGGCAACGGCAACGGCAACGAGAAUGCUGUAAUAGAGGAUAAUUACAACCAUAACGAUAAUGAUAACGAUAACGAUAACGAAAACGAAAACGAACAUGAAAAUGGGUUCUCAACUCAAUAUGGUGCUUCAGCAAGUUCACCUUCAUGGAUAAGUGGAAGUGAAGAUGGUGAAUUUUUAGGUGAAUUAGGUGGUGAAAAGACAGAAGUUGAAGAUGAACGUAAAAACAAUAAAUCAAGUAGAACCAAUAGGAGAUUGAGCGAACAUGUCGAACAAGAUAGAAUAGCAUCGACUUCGCCUCUGCCAGGAUCAACGAAUAGAAGAAACGUGAAAGAUCAACAUCAUCCAAUGCCGUCCCCAUAUCACCUGUUUCCAAUCAACGUAGAGCUGAGAGUACCUUUGUCUACGAAUUCAGAUCGAAAAGGAAAAGGAAAAGCUAUAGAUUUGAGUUUUAGAAUUACAAGGAGAAGAUGUGAAAAUGCUAUUCUACUCUCAGCUGUGAUACUUGGAGUAUGGAAACUUGGUCAUCAAUGGGAUGAGAAAGCUUUAGCAGGAGAAAUCAGUUUGUUGAUAGGUUUAUCAAUCCUCUACACCACUUUAAGAUUCCGUCCAACUCGGCAGAAACUACCAUCACCUCAACCGUCUUCUAAUGGUAGAUCACCAUCGCCGCAACUUGCCCCUCCUUCUAUCUCUUCCACUAUGAUUCGCGAUAGAUCAGGUAAAAAUACACUCAAUAACUCUGCCAACGGCAUGUCACCCUUCUUUGUCGGCAAGGAAGAUCCUCGUUUGCGGACUGGGUCACUUACGAUAGACGAGGAUGGUUUGGUCGGUCUGGGUGGAAGGGGUUGUUUGUGGGGCACAGAACCUAGAGAAUACAGAGAAUGUCUUGACGACGGAAUUUUCUUCGCGCUUCUCCUGGCACCCCUGGUAGCAUCUGCUUUAUUACACGCCGCCUUGAACCAACUCGCUUCAAACCCAAGUUCUCCUUUACCCGAUAACUGGAAAAUCGAGUUCCCACUUGUAUUACCUUCGACGCCUGUUCGAAAACUUCCAGGAGAGAACUCGAUCCAAUUGAUACCGACUGACACUGUACAAGCUCUGUCAGCUUUAGUGACUUCUCGAAGAAAUUUGGUUCAACUGUUCACUCUGUGCGGUUUCGUCCUCCUUGUUCACCUGACAAAAUCACUUUACGUAGAGAUCAAAUUAUCGAAGAAUAGCCUUAUUUCAUCCCCACCAAUAUCAUCCGUGACGCUUGAAAGGGAAAACAGUGAUCACUCUCGAUUUUCAAAUCAACAAGCGAGUUUUGCUGGAACAUAUUGGCUCAGAUUAGGAGAGUGGAAACGUACACGGAGUGUUGUUGGAUUCUCUUUUCUAGUGACCGGAUGUUGUGUGAUUGUGAAAAUCGUUACGGCUAUCAUCGGCAGGGGUGUAUGGAGCGACAUGUCGCCUUCUGAUAUUGUCAUUGCGACUCUUUUCUACCAAUUCAGUCUAUACGUGUGCGUCAGAUUGGCGCGAAGGGGUUUCACUCUUGGAGAGCUAGGAGUGGUAUGUAACGCUGCGACAGCUUUGUUCAUGGAGACUGUCAACUUGACAAGGAUGAAGAUUGUCCUACUGCAAAUACCUUAUAUCAAGACGUACCGACUUCCCACACCGUUACUUACAUUUCAGCUCGCCCUCAUUCCUGGAUCUUUGCUUGCAGGUUUCCUACUAUCACCUUUGCUGUAUCUAUCGCGAAAUCUCGCUCAAAAACCCGCCCAUCGAUUACGAUUCCCACACGAAAAGCCAGUUCAUCGUCGACUCCUGGCUCUUGGUUUCUACGCCGGAUCAGCGUUGGUCUGCGGUGGAUUAGUUGGAGUAUGGACACAAUGGUUAUUGAACGGUAGAAACCCAUGGGUUUGGAUCGUAUAUUGGUUCUUCGAAGGUAAACAUGCCUGGACUCGACCUGUUUUGAUUAGUUACUGGGGUGCAUUAGCGGCCAUUUCAGUUGCUGGAUGGAACAGACAAUUGAGUAGAGCGAGAAGACAUAAAAGGUAUACUGUUCCCGGAACGACUUCUACAAGAGGUGAAAAUCCUAAUAAUACCCCUCAAGGAAACAUCCAAGCGCCAGGAGAAGCAUUCAGUGGUGUAGCAAGUUCGAUGAUGGAUGCUGCCGAUCAAAGAAUGCCAACGUUGUCUGUCAACGCCAGAAGAAAAUUCUUUCAUGCUUUAGCAGUGGUCAUGUUCAUACCUGGAAUAGCGGUCGAUCCCGCUUUCACGCAUUUAUCAUUCAGUGUAGCUUUUGCAGCAUUUAAUUUCGCUGAAUACAUCCGUUAUUUCGCUUUAUGGCCUUUUGGAGUAUCAGUUCAUUUGUUCCUGAACGAAUUUCUGGAUCAUAGAGAUUCUGGAACGGCUAUUUUGAGUCAUUUUUACUUGUUAGCUGGUUGUGCUUCACCACUUUGGCUUGAAGGACCAUCGGAAAUAUUAUCGUAUUUCGGAGUUCUCUCGUUAGGUAUCGGUGAUGCACUCGCCAGUAUAGUAGGUAGAAGAAUAGGUAAAGUGAAAUGGACUUCUUCAUCAGGUAAAACAGUCGAAGGGAGCAUCGCAUUCCUGUCAUCAAUGUUGAUAUCUUCAGGAUUACUUUGGUUAUUCGGUCUCACAACUUCAUUCAGAUCAAUACCAUAUAUCAUAACUACAACCCUGGCAACAAUGUUGGAAGCCUUUUCGGAUCAAAACGAUAAUUUGAUUUUACCGAUGUAUGGUUGGGCUUUAGGUAUAUUAUUAGGUGUAUAA